AUGGCGGAGGGUGGCGGAGAGGACUCGGAAAAUCCAUUUUCGUUCAAAAAGUUCGUGAAGAAGAAAGAUCACAAUCAUUCACUGAGUGAUGAAGACAAAGAUAAAGACGACACGGAAGACAUGUUCCUCCUCCCAGACGUGUCGGCGCUGAAGAAAAAGGGGAAGGCAGCGCUGAUUGUUGAAGAUGAGCCCCAGGCCACUCCAGCCAAGAAAGGCAGUGAUGAAAAUCCAUUUUCCUUUAAGAAGUUUUUGUCUGGCCCUCAAACUAGUGGUGCAAGACCAAAGUCAGGAACGUCUCCCCGAUCAAGGAGUAAUGCCCCUGACUUUGCCAGCGAUCUCCCAGAUUUUGUACAGGAUCAUUUUCUUGACGAGACCCAAAUAAAGAAGGAGCGCAUAACCAGAAACCCGGAUCUUGAUCUUCCUGACUUUGCUCUGACUACAAACGUCGAUGACAAUGUCAGUGCCUCUGGUCAGACCAUGACCCAGUCACUGUAUGAUGGCGGUGACCUGCCUGAUAUUGGUGGCAAUGGUACAGAAAAUGGUGACCAUCACUUAGAAAACAGUGAUGAGUCCACAAGGAACAGACCAACAAUGCCAUCUAGUAUAUCCAGUCUUCCAGACUUCUUGUCAGACGGGGCAAUGAACAAUACAGAACUGUUCAAUGGUCACAGUAAUGGAGGGAGUGACGGUUCUGUGCACGGUGCUCAGAGAGGAGUGCGGGAUGUGUCAUCCUUGGAGGUUCAUGGAGACUUGGAACUGGAGAACAGAAGAUUACGAGAAGAGAAUCAAAAGUUGAAACAGACAGUUGAUGAUACCAAAAAGUUAGCUGUUAAAGAAACAGAACGGGUGUCUGAGCUGCUGAAGCAGAUGGAGAGACAGCAGAAGAAGGAGGCAGAGGAGACGGCGGUGAUGGAGCGAGCCGUGCAGCAGGUGGAGGCCAACCUUGUCACCACCACGCAAAGAGCAGUUAAGGCAGAAAACACAGUGGCUAAAUUACGACAAGAAGUGAAAACAUUGCAGAACAAGAUAUCAGCUUUACAAAGAGACAGGGACUCUUCAAGCACUGAGGAUGGUUUGUCUGCGAUCCGGGAGAGAACCAAGUACGCCUCCGACCAGCUGGCUGCCGCAGCUGACACAGGAGAACAGACAAUCAAACAACUAUUGACGGGAGUAGACAAGCUCCGCCUCUUGUCCCAAGUCCUAGCGUCCAUCGACAAGAUAACAGAUGCCCCAGAGGAAGAGAAUGCUGAGUCAGCACAGUCCUCCCACAACACAUGACAUCACGCAGCAUGACCACACACUCUAGUCCACAUCCACUGGUCAAAACCCUACACACCUGGUUGUUACAGGCGUACAAUGGUCACGUUUCCCACACACCUGGUCGUUACAGGCGUACAGAGGUCACGUUUCCCACACACCUGGUCGUUACAGGUGUACAUAGGUAACGUGUUUACAACACACCUGGUCGUUACAGGUGUACAGAGGUCACGUUUCUCUGGUCGUUACAGGCAUACAUAGGUAACGUGUUUCAUACACACCUGGUCGUUAUAGGUGUACAAAGGUCACAUGCUUUUGAGCAUCCUCUGUGAUACAGUGUAUUAUAUCUCACUCUAUUGCUGUAUAUGCCCUGAACCCAUUUCACCAUCAUAACUUCAUUUCGGCAGUGACGUCACCUGCUCCACCUCUAUAUGCAUGGAAUUUCUUUCACUUAUCAAUCACCGAACAAUAAUACUAAUUCUUUUACAUCCUGUUUUUUGGCUGUUAUCACACUAGGAUAUCUUUAUAUGUUUCCACCAGAAGUCCUCUUCACUGUCAACUAUCCACAACAAGUUGUGCAUGUAAUAGUAUCUUGCUAUCUUGCUACUCCAGACGCAUGUGCAGGGUAGAAAAACCUUGCAGUGUGUGCUGGUGACAACAUUGUGAAGAGUGUCAUAAAUUCUUUUUCUGAAGUUGUCUGCAGCACAUCAUUUGGUAGUCACACACUGUUUAAUCAAUAAUUAAGCAGACAUUAACUGCUCCACCCUCUAUGCACAGAAUUUGUUUGGUUGGUUGAGCGUGAAAUAACCAACCAAUGAAAAUCACUCUUGUAAAAAAGAGGUUGACAUAGAUCUACAUUCAAUCAAUAUAAAUUUUAUUAUGAAAACUUAAAAAUAGACUUUUAUGUGGCAAAUAUGUUUUCUGGGGUAUUACAAUUUGGGGAGGGAAGUCCUUACGCUACUGGGCGCUCCCAGUUGUAUUUGAGAUGUUACCCAUCGUACGAGUUGAGUACUGCUUGUUUCAAUUAUGAAAGAAAAGUAGCGUUGAUUGGAAAGCUAGUUUUUACCCAGUGUACUUCGAAAUGUACUUCAACAGAGAUAUCAUAAUGAAUGAGUCCAGGGUAUUUACCAUAUCAGAAUGUAGAUAUAAUACACUGCAUUAUCAAGGAUAGCUGUUUCCUUUCCUCGUUGCCAGGAUGGGGUAGCUCAGUGGGUGUGCUGCUCAAUCAUCAAUCCUGGGUUUUACUCCCCACAUGGGUACAAGUUUUCCUGCUGUGAUAUUGCUUCAAUAUUGGUAAUAGUGACUUAACCGUACUCCAUCAUGUAUUUAUUGUAGCUUGACAUCUUUCAAACAGUGAAAAGUGUUAAAGAAUAAUAUGUUCAGUCUGUGCCAAAAAUGUUUGCCUUUACCAGCCCGGACUUGGCUUUUCAGAGAUUUUAGUGUUAAAUGGACUAAUACUAGCUGAAUUUUCAAAUGCAAUCUGUAGCAAACAUGAUAGUGAAUUGUUACUAUGCAUCAUUACUGUCAUCUUCCUGAGGCAAGGGAGUUAACUGACUAUUAAAGUCCAGUUUCCACCCUUACCGAUCUAAGCUGGAAUUUCUGGGCUCGAUCAUAGCGCCAACAGUGGCUAUUAUGAGUUAUGUCCCUUCUAUGUCGUAUUGACCUAUCAGAUCCCCCUCUCAUAUCACUUGCAUUUGCUUUAAACAAAAUGGCAGCGCCCAGUCAAGACGAUCUGAUUAAUAAUCAAAAUCUGUAUUGUAAUUAAAUGGGUCUUCAUGAAGUUC